UGUACCAAACAAAGUCAAGUAGCAAGCAUUGAUGCUGUGUUAAUUUAUAGAGGUGGAAGCAGAAAACCAUUUUCAGUGAAGAGAUAAAAUAUUGAUAUACUGCAAAAACUAAUUUAUGGCAAAUGAGAAUAACGAUCUGGGAAAGUAAGAGAAGGAAUAAAUUCACAUGUUCAAUCACAAUUUUUUAAAAAUAUGUUUAAGUGAAGAAUCAAAUGUGUUUUAAUAUUCCGUAUUCCAUUUACAACGAAUUCCUCUACUAUUGUGCAUCUAUUCAUAGCAAGUAUGUCCCUCAAAGCAAAUAAGCUUUUUAAAUUUAUGUACACUGUAUAUACUUUAUUUGUCAACCUGCGUUCAGCUUAAAGCAAUAUAUACUAUCCAUUGAUGCGAGAAAAAAAAUGUAUAGUAAUUUAAAAUAAAAAUUAAAAAUAUAUUCUGGCCAUAUCAAUUCAAAACGAAUUCAAAAGUGCUUAAUGCUUUAUCUAGGAGUAGAGAAGAGAAUCGCAAAUACAAACAAAGGAAAUGACGAACAGUGUAUAGAGCAAGAAAUAUUCGAUUUCGUAAUUUUUCUUUGUUUGUGCACAACAUCUGAAUUAAACGCAAACAAAUACGAGAAAUUUUGAUUUUUUCAUUUCAUGAUAAUAGUGUUAAAUUCAGUUGGAAUUCCAAACCAAUAUAUUGACUAAUUUCAUAAGUUUAUGCAUCCCAGCCAGCAUUUGUAACCGAAGUACUCAAAAGGCAAAGUUUGAUGAGAAAUGGACCUGUAAGCUUUUGAAUCCAAUCGCAUUUACUUCGUAAAGAUAUACUGCUGAAUGAUCUUUAAGCUUGCAAACGAUUUAAAUUGGCAAAAAAAAAAUCGUUGAAUAAUCUUUCAAAUGUUGGCUGUGUUAUUGAUAUAAGAAUUGACUUCCAUACGUAAUAUGAGAAUUUCAUUUGAAGUUAAGAUGUUAAGUCAAAGCUCUUCAUAGUUCCAAUAUUGUUACUAAUAAAAUUAAUCCCUUUUGUCUAUAUGAAUCAAUAAUGCAAGCUUUUAAAAAAAAAUAUAUACAUAUUCAAAGUAAAAUGUUUGUUAAUCUAUAUUGUACAAUAUUACGUUGUAUAAGGAGAAACGGGGAAAAUCUGAAUCACAUUUUUUACACUUAUAUUAUAUAUAACUAUACUAAACUAUAUAUUAUUUCAAAAGCAGAUUAUAAUAGAUGUUUUCUAUAUUGUAGCUGUUACGUAUAGGUUUUUUUCUUACUUCGAUUAUCAGAUAAAAUUUAUCUGUUUGCAAUCUUUCGGAUCGUUGAUUUUUUUAUUGAAGCGUAUGGGUAUAAAAUUUCUGUAAAUUUACCUCUUCUCAUUGAAAAAGGUAAAGUCUAUUUCAUAGACCAUAGAUAGAAAGCUUCAAACGAUUUCGCUUCAUAUAAAACUUCGUAAUUCCGCAAUUGUGAUUGCCCACUAGACGCGAUUUGCAUCGGUUUCAGUGCAAUUUUUUAGGUGCUGUUUGUAGAUUAUCAUAUCAAAAGUGCUAUGUCUGCAACUCACCAUAAUAUUUUUUUUAUCAUAAGCAGUAGGACUUUGGAUACUUGAAAAUCAUACGGAUGGGUUUCCUACCUUUAGAUACGCUUGUUUUUAGUUUUGUCUAGUCAGAUUAAUAAUUUCAAUAUCACCAGGGUUGCAAUUUUUUUAAAAUUUUUUGCAGGGGUGGUUUCUGCGAAAAAACACCCAGCAGAAACUGCUUGAAGAGGAGUGCACUGUGUUUCUUGACCUAAAGCAUGCAGGCUUUACUGUGCAGGUGUUCAACAGGAGACGUCAAGAGGAACCCUGUGGUACGGAGUGCUGUAUUUUGACACGUCUGAAGCUUCUUCGUCUGCGUUUCACUAUAUUCAGGCGACCAUAUCGAUGCAAUGUAACUUAUAAACGGCCGGCCAAUUGCCUUGUAUGUUGCCAACAAUAUUAUUUUGUCCUUUCCCUUGGAGCUGCUGACUAGCGACUUGAGGAUUUUGUUGCGGUUCUGUACUUUGGCAAUAAUCGUGGUCGUGUGAGGAGUGAAGGAGCACAGACGGGCAAGCGUAACACCUAAAAUUUUAGGGUUGUUCACAGACUGAAUUUUAACGCCAUCGACUGUGAUAUUAAGAUCCAGUCUGUACACCUUCUUCCAGGUAGUGAAUAUGUUUACUGGAUUUAGUGGGGUAGAGUGUCAAGUUUAUCACAGACUGAUGUAGAUAUUUUGCUUAAAUCUAAUUAGGCAUUUUAUUGCAAAGUUCGUGCUGUAGCUGUAGGAGAAACUAAAGUCAGAGAUCUGCAAUGUUCACCGCAUAUUUUCUGACAACGGCAAAUCCUCUGCACUAGGAACAAAAAACCCCCGUCUGCUUCAACUGUUGUUGAGGUUAAUGGCUAUUUUAAUCUCGAUGUCGUCAUAUCCAUGAAAUGGAUUCAGUUGCCUGCUUUAAGAACUCUGUUACUGAGGAAGAGAUUAUAUCUCUCAUUGUUAUACAUGCUAAUGUUGAUAGGCAACAUCUUUUGUGUUAUAAACUUAUUAAAAAAGAUACUCAUAUUACUGAUCUUAAAUGGUAUGGCCUUCUGGCAUCGAGCUGCGCCCUUUUUAAGUUUUUCCUAAGAGAGGGGAAAACAAAGCUGCGGAAUAAUUGAUGCCCCUGUUUUAUUAUGCUAUAAUUUUAUAUUAGUCGAAAGAGGAAUAUUGUAUUCAGGAAAUAAAUUAUUACCAGAUUGUUAUUGCAUAAAUAGCUCCCUUGGAGUAUAGUGCUGCUUUUAGCACUGGUUUGCUGAGAGUUUUGAGUGGAAGAUGUCUGCAGAUUCACCACGGCGACAAUCGCGUGGCAUAGCCGCACCUGCAGUUGUGCCUCCCCAAGUUGUAAGCGAUCGUUCAAUUUUAGACUCUGCGUUUGGGUUCAUCAGCGAUGUUACACUAGUGGCACAUCAGUCACAUACUGAACCCAAAGAUACAAUUAUUUGGGCACGGUUUGAGACGGCUGCUGAUAUAAGCGAUCCAUGUUUUGGUAUAGAUUGGGAAAUGGAGGGAAGUGCAGCACCACCAUUACUUCUACUAUUAGGCUACGGUCUUGGAGUUCAAGUAUGGGCUAUACCUGCUAACGGUGAGGCUAUUGAAGUUCUUUCAUGGCGUCAUGGUGUUGUGUCAACUUUACGAGUCCUACCAACGCCGACAUUAGUGCGAUCUGCGAAUGAACAUGGACGAGCUGAUGAGUCGAUAGAUAUGUAUGCUGAAAAACGCCCUAUUAUUGCAUUAGUGGACAGUAGUACGGCUUCCUCACAGCUUCAGUUCUGUACAAUAAAUUUUGUUUCCCUUAAAACUGGAAAGCAAGUGAAGACGAUUAAAUUUAAAAACGUAAUUUUGGACGUACUUGCCAAUCGUUCUUCCAUUGUUAUUGUAUUUCAUGAACGUAUAGCUGUUUUCGAUGCCCGUACUUUGGAGGAUCGACUUUCAAUAACUACAUGUUAUCCAAGUCCUGGGAUCAAUCCAAAUCCUGUUGCUCUUGGUCAACGCUGGCUGGCCUAUGCUGAGCAAAGGCUGAUACCCUCAAAGCGUAGCGGGGGAGGCUGGGAUGGUGAGGGUGUAGCUAGUUACACAGCAACUGUAUUAAAUGCUGCAAAGUCGUUUGGAAAAGGGUUGCGAGAACUUGGUGAACAAGUGGCAGCAGGUUUGACUGGAACGUCAAGUGGUGGCAGUAUAUCAAAAAAUAGCAGUUUCGAUUCCAUUACUGGCGUUGAAGCUAAACAAUCUGGGAUUGUUACGAUAAUGGAUAUAGAGAGGACUAUUAAAGAUUACAGCCCCACCUCAAUGACAUCUACUACUGGCGGUGUUGGUGAGGAGCCUAUUAUUGCACAUUUUGUCGCUCACGCAGAAGCUAUUGUUGCAAUGGAGUUUGAUAAUUCAGGCAUGCUAUUACUUACCGCCGAUCGUCGCGGUCAUGAUUUUAACGUUUUCCGUAUACAGCCACAUCCCGCUAGCCCUAGUCUUUCAGCGGUACAUCAUUUAUAUGUAUUACAUAGGGGCGACACUAGUGCAAAGGUCCAAAACAUCACAUUUUCACUAGAUUCACGUUGGGUAGCGGUGUCGACAUUAAGAGGAACUACUCAUGUAUUUCCAAUUACACCUUACGGUGGGCCAAUGGGAGUGCGAACACAUACAUCUCUGCAUGUUGUUAAUAAGUUGUCACGAUUUCAUCGUUCGGCGGGCUUAUCUGCAGAAGGCCGUUCAAAUUCUCCAAUAUCACAUUCAGAAAGUACCACUUUUAUGCAAUCCCUGCAACCUUACUAUAACACAACUCUACCACCAUUUCCACGUCCCACAAUUGUGCAAGCUUUAGCUCAACUUCGACAACCGUUUGCACUCGGAUCACCCCCUGGAUCUGCAGGACUUGUCAUGCCGGGUAAAAUCGGUGUAGGUAAUAGUGGCAUAUCAGCUGCUUCCCAACGUCAAAGGCAUUCUUCCCUAUCUGAUGAUAAUGGAAAACCUUUGAGCGUGUGUGCUAUUUUCGCGAAAUCGCGAUCUUGGUUACUUGAACCGCCAAAUGUCACUCGAGAAGCUUCACAUCGUGUGCAGCGUAAAUCUGUUGAUUCACUUUUCGUAAUGGCUGGCCACGGUGCUCUUAUACAAUACGAUUUGGACACUAAACUUGCAUCAAAUAUUGCCAAAGAUAAAAUUUGUGAUGAUACUCCAAUUGAAUUGGAAGUGGAAGCUAAAGCACAAUGGAAUCUUGGUAGGCGAAGGGAUGGAUCUCAUGAGUUGGCACCACCGUUAGAAAAUGAUAAUUGGCUUAUAAAGGAUAGAAACUUAUGUUUGCUGGAUAGCAUACGUCAGUAUGAUGAAUUGGAGGAAAAAACUGAAAGUUGGGUAUCUCAAGUAGAAAUAAUUACACACGCCGGUCCACAUCGCCGUCUUUGGAUGGGGCCUCAAUGUGUAUUCAAAACGUAUAACACUCCCAGCGGCUCCAAUUUGAACCAUGUUGAUGUUGAGGCUGUUGAAAUAGGGGUAUCGAAGUCAGCAAAUUCAGCAUCGGCUAUUCGUUCACAUCCAUUAAGUAUGCCAGUAACGGCUGCAGCACGAUGCUCUUUGCCGGUACUCAUUGAAUCGGGUUCAUAUAGUAGUGUAGAACAAAGUCCAAAGCUGAUGGAUCGUUUUCGUCACGAGCAUUUGGAUUCUGAUUUUGCAAUGGCGCAUGGUGAUUCUCGAUUGAAGGAGGACUUGGCCGAUGCUAUGCGGGAAUCACCAUCUGUGUCGGAUGAUCGAAAAAAUACAUGUCGAUUAGCGUCUGGGGUUGCUUCGUCUGAUAAUGUCCCCUUCUACGAUGCCCGCGCAGAGCCAGACAUUGGUGAAGACGAUUCUGAUAACAGCCUGAAAGCCAUGGUUUCAUAUUCCCCCUCUCUCACCUCGACGUCAGAAACACUGACUGCAAUGGGUACUUGGAAUUUGGUUUCUGAUGUCGAUUCCGACCAAUAUAAAAAAGUUCAACUAUGUUGUGAUGAAAAUAAGAAAAUUUCUGAGAUUCAAAAAUCGUCUACACCUUCAGUAGAAAAAGUAGUUAAUCCUCUUGGGACGGUAACAACAGUUUUUUCAGGCAUUUCAACUGACGUAAAAAGAGACAUUCUGGAUGAAGUAGUAUCACAAUUAGCUGCUGAAGAGAGUAUUAUACACGAAAAUUGCGAUGAGUCUUUGUUUCGUCCCGUUGUGGCGAUAUUAUGUGACGAGAAUAUUAAUCAGACAGCGGGAAAAACUGUAGAAAGUGAAGAAUUCUGUAAACCGCCUGAAUUAAUAAAAAAUAAACUUAUAGUGCCAGUUAUAGCGAAGGAAGUAGAUGCCGAGUUAAGCAAAAGGGAGAGAAACCAAAAAAGUGGAAGAAUAAAAACUCAAAAUACGAAGAAAUUAAAUUUGUGCUCGACAGAAAGUAAUAAGCCAACUACUGCUGUUCUAAUCAGUGAAUCUGGGAACAUUCAGCAACACGUGAGAUCUGAACUUGGAGACAUGGUAGAACUGGUUCAUGGAAACAACGUGAACAAAUGUAACACUACGAACAGCGUAAAUUUAUGUGACAACACGAAUACAUCCGAAAUGAAAAAAAACCUAAAAAGCUUAUCAUCAGUUAAGGAAGAUGUCAUAGAAUUUAAACGCAUGACACCUUUACCUAUUGUGAAGAUUCGAAAUAAACCAAAUAUUUUAGGGGAUAGAGAACUUGUUAAGGGCAACUUAUCUCAAAUUGAAAGCGAACCAAAUAGUAAGGUCCUAAAAUCCCCUGAUACAAAAAAUAACUCGAAAAAACUAAGUUCUGUAAAGGAUAACGCACAACUUGAGCAAACUAUAUCAGACAAUUUUUCUAUCGAGAUUGAUGAAAAUAAAAUCGGUAAGGAGGUAAUCUUAACUAAUCUUAUGAAAUCAACUGAAUACCCAGAUACAUCAAACGUUAAUACUCAAAUCGGAGAACCCGCAAACAAUAGCAGUAAUCUUAAAACCUUGUCCAAAAACAAUAUUAAAUGCGAUAAAUUAAGUAAAGAGACCGAGUUAAAAUUAGACAUUGCAAUAGAGGCUGCAAGUACAAGCAAAACACAUGAGAAUAAAGACACAAUUAGAAGUCCUAGUAAAAUCAUUGAAAAGGCAUCUGACAAAGGAAAUGAAGCUUAUAAUGAUGCUAGUAUACGUUGUAAUAAUAUAAUUGAACAAAACGUAACUAUGAAUAUUACAAAGAAGGAAAAAAACUCAUUAAAAAAGAAAACUGAUAAUGAAAUAUCCAAAAAUUACGCGAUUUCCGCUCAUUUAGAUAACGGAAAUGGAAAAUUGACAUUUGUUCAGUCAAACUCUGAAAUUUGUGAAAGUCCACAAAUUUCGAAACCAAAUAAUUCAGUAUGGCAGACUGUAAGUAGUGAAAACCAACUAAAAUCUAAAGUGCAAUCGAGCGAUAACUUCCCAAGUUUGGGGACAAUCGGUAAAACUAAAAAAAACGUUAAAAUUAAGGAGAUCAUGACAGAAAAAAAAGGCAAUAUUCUUUCCGAUUUGUCUACAAUUUCGAAACCUAUUGACAAUUCAUGCACUGGAUUAGGCGGUACUAUAAAGAAGAAUACUAAGAGUAAGGCAAAUAUCACAGAAAAUAGUGAAAUUAAAUCUUCUGAUUCAUCUAAGCAACUAAAAUCUAUAGAAAAAGAGCAAAUUGAUGUUAAAUUAAGAGGUCAAUCCAAUAGUGACAGCAAAUGGUCAUUCGAUGGAUUUCCCUCACUGCAACCAUUGGAAUCAUUACCGCCUUUGCCCGCAUUAGAAAACAUUGAUAUUUAUCCAUAUUGUUCAAUUUUAAUGGAAAAGGAAAAUAAAUCAGUUGCAAAAGCAAAAGAUAAUUUGUCAGAACAAUUAAGUUUGAUUAAUUUUGAUAGCCCGUUACAGGAGAAUCCGAGACAAGAUGGAAAAGUACUCUCACUUCCAAAAGCUCUUAGCCAACAAAAUUUAAUUUUCGCUUUAUGUGGAUCAUUGCACUGUGAAAAUGACAGUAUCUGUGACGAAAGUAAAUUGUCUAAAGAAUAUCAAGAAGCUUUCGAUUCAGAGAUGGGAGAUGUAACAUCCCCUGAUUAUAAGUUACUCAACGACGGUGAAGAUCAAUAUUUAAGUGCGGAACACAGUUCCCAAGAAACUAAUACUACCAACACCGGAACAACAAAUGACAAAUCUGUAAGUUCGGCAAAUUCAUCCACUUCAGAGGAAAUUCUUGUUAUCGAAGAGAAAAAGUUAAGUAAAAAACAAAAGCGAAAAAGACAACAAACAGAAACAAAAAAACAAAAGGAAGAAAUCACUUUCGAAGAUGAUGAUGAGUUACGUCCGUUAAUUACAAAAAUAAAAUCUGAUUCAGAAAUUGUAACAACAAGUAAUAAAAAUAUUUCCUGUACUUUGUCUGGAUUGAACAACAAAGAUGCUCAAAAGCCAAUUGACGUCAUCAUUGCACGGGCAUCUCCAAAUACAACAACCGAUAGUGAGGGGCCCGUUCCUGCUACUACUUCAGAUGACAAUGGUUUCAUUUUACCAACGAAUACUGUAACUAUUAAUGUUCCAAUGAAACUGAAAACAAAGAGACUGGAACAUAAAAUAAAUCUUAUGGCUGCGAUUGAUGCUGCAACGUCAUCGUCUACAUCAUCUGCUGAAGAGAGUAAUUUGGAAAUAGAGAACCGAAAAGCUAGUUCCGAUCAAGAUCUACCAGUCCUCGGAACGAACACAUCAGAAAUGCAAACAACUUUAACUAAUAUAAAUGUAGUUCCACCGUCAUGUACGACAAAGAAGAAAACUAAGCGACGUAAGAGAUAAGAGUUAGUCUUCGGUUUGAUUUGUAUUUUGUGUGUAGUUAUUAUAUUCUAUAUAUAUAAUGCUUGCUACAAUGAUAAUGGUGGUGAGUGAUGAAUUUUUAGUACAGUUGUACCAGUAAUAGACAAGCGGUAUUCUAAAAAAAAUUAGUUAUCUGGUUAAUUCAGUUCUUGAUGGGCAUGUUUGCCAUUAUGAAUAAUAUUUACAUAAUUUCAAUCAUCUUUGGGAAUGCAUACGCCUGUAUGCAAAUCACCGAACCGUAAAAUAAAUGUUAGAUUAAUGCGUAUCGAAAUAAGUUUCCAUUCAAGUAAACACAAAAUAAAACCCGUUACUGCCAUUCAGUAAAUUUUUCAUGAGCGUUACUGUUGAUAUUCCCCCUGAUUUUCUAAAUAAAAUUUCACCAACGUUGAAGUUGGAUAAGCUGGUUUAGAUAAAUAUUCAUAUUCUUUGCACAUAACAAAAAAGAUAAACGGGUAAUACACAUUUUUAAGUCAGUAAAUUUGUCAAUAAUGAUUUCAUUCUUAAUCGCUUUACAAACAUCCUUUAUCAACCAUUGGGCGUAUUCGUAGGUUCCGAUACAACUUGCGUUAAUGAUAGUAUCAUUUCUUGUAAGAUACGCAUUUUACCUAAGGUACGCUAUAAUCCGGUGAUAUGUCUACGUACUUUAUUUGACAAUGAUUGAGACAUAAUAGUAUUUUAAAGGUUCAUAUAUAUUUUAGAAUGCAAUUGUAAAUAAAUUAAUCCUCUGUAAUAUCAAAUUGAUUUUAUUUAAUCAAAAAUAAAAUAACAUAUAGUAAACAU